UUAACUUCAGAUGAUACUGGUGAAUGGUGGUUGCAUAACAUUAAAGGGGUUAUUUUGUACGUCAAAAUCAAAGUAAACUUCAUUUUUCGUCUCCUUUGACUUUCAUCGUCAAUAGAUUUUUUACCGAAGUACAAGAAAAGCCCUAAUAAUGUCUGCCCUUCCAGCUCCAGUUCGUGUUUCUCCUUUAAUCAAGUUCGGAAGAUGGAGUUUUCUUGCUUUGGGAGUUGCUUAUGGAGCCUUCCACCAAAACAGGCUCUCCAAAAAGGAAGCAGGCAUUAGGGAGGUAGAAAAUAAAAUUAAGGCAGAACGUGAUGCUAAACUGGCCAUUGAAAAGAAAGCCGCAGCUGACAAAGAAAUUAAGGAAUUGGAAGCUCUAGCAAGAUAGGUUACUAAGUUUAAUGUUACAGUUUUGUAUCAAGUGUAGUGUAAUAAAUACAGCCAUUUUUUGUUAA